CGGGCGGGGAGGGAGGAGCACAUCCUUAUGCAGAGAUGCUGCAGUGGCUUUGGGCGCACACAGGCAAGCGGCAGCACAAAGCAAGGACUCGCCUGGAGGAGGAGGGCGGGCAGGAGAGAGGAAGGAGGCUGCAGCAUCCAGGGCUCUAGGAUCUCCCCUGCACACACCCACACGUGUCCACCAGCCCACGGGUCCCUGUCUCUGUUCCUCAGUAAAGACAAUCCUCACCCUAGAGGCACAGGAUGGGAGCUCCCAUGGAAUUGGUUUUCGUGUCAUUAGCCAUCAUCACCUUUACAGGACGGUGCCCGGCCCACGGUACCAUAAGGAACUAUGGGCCAAUCUUUGAAGAUCAGCCAGUCAACAUCCUCUUUCCUGAAGGCUCCACAGAAGAGAAGAUAACAUUGGCUUGUCGCGCAAGAGCCAGCCCUCCUGCAACUUACAGGUGGAAGAUGAAUGGCACAGAAAUGAAGAUGGAGCCAGAUUCCCGUCACAGGCUGGUUGGAGGCAAUUUGGAGAUAAGCCACCCAGUAAAAGCGAAGGAUGCUGGGUCUUACCAGUGCCUGGCAUCCAACCCCAUGGGUACGGUUGUGAGCCGAGAAGCCUACAUCCGCUUUGGCUUUUUGCAGGAAUUCUCCACAGACGAGCGAGACCCUGUGAAGAUCACCGAGGGCUGGGGAGCCGUGUUCCCCUGCAGCCCCCCUCCGCAUUACCCAGGCCUGUCCUAUCGAUGGCUCCUGAAUGAGUUUCCCAACUUCAUCCCAGCAGAUGGAAGGCGCUUUGUCUCGCAGGUGACAGGAAACCUUUACAUUGCCAAGACAGAGGCCUCGGACCUGCUCAACCUUAUGGCGGAGGAUGCCAGACAAUAUGCACCCAGCAUUAGAGCCAAGUUUCCUGCCGACACCUAUGCCUUAGCUGGGCAGCUGGUGACUCUGGAGUGUUUCGCCUUUGGGAACCCUGUCCCCCGGAUAAAGUGGCGAAAGGUGGACAGCUCCCAGCCCUCCGGGUGGAUCUCCACUGAGCCCCUCCUGCAAAUCCAGGACGUUGACUUUGAAGACGAAGGCACCUACGAGUGUGAGGCUGAAAAUGCUAGGGGAAGAGACACCUACCACGGCCGCAUUAUUAUUCAAGCUCAGCCAGAGUGGCUGAAGGUAAUCACGGACACAGAAGCCGACAUCGGAUCAGAUCUCCGCUGGAGCUGUGCAGCAGCGGGCAAGCCCAGGCCCACGAUCAGAUGGCUGCGGAAUGGGCAGCCGUUAACCACGCAGAACCGCAUUGAAGUGAGCGGCGGAGAGCUGAGGCUUUCCAGGCUAGCCCUGGAGGACUCUGGCAUGUACCAGUGUGUAGCUGAGAACAAGCACGGCACGGUGUAUGCAAGCGCGGAAUUAACAGUCCAAGCCUUAGCGCCAGAUUUUCGGCUAAGCCCUGUGAAGCGGUUGAUACCAGCAGCCCGAGGUGGAGAGGUCAUCAUCCCAUGCCAACCAAGAGCAGCACCAAAGUCCAUUGUGCUCUGGACCAAAGGAACUGAACUCCUGAUCAACAGCAGCAGGGUGACUAUUACCCCUGAGGGCACCCUGAUCCUCCGGAAUAUCAGCAAAUCUGAUGAGGGGAAGUAUACCUGCUUCGCUGAGAAUUUCAUGGGAAAAGCCAAUAGCACAGGAAUCCUCUCGGUUCGAGAUGCCACCAAAAUCACCUUGGCCCCAUCUAGUGCUGAUAUCAACUUAGGUGAAAACACUACCCUGCAGUGCCAUGCCUCCCAUGACCCAACUAUGGACCUGACCUUUACCUGGUCCUUGGAUGACUUCCCCAUUGACUUUGACAGGUCGGAAGGACACUACAGGCGAGCAAGCAUGAAAGAGGCUAUUGGGGACCUCGCCAUCCGGAAUAUUCAGCUGAGGCACUCCGGGCGGUACACGUGCACGGCCCAGACAGUCGUCGACAGCGCCUCCGAGUCGGCCAUGCUGAUUGUCAGGGGACCUCCGGGGCCGCCCGGGGGCGUAGUGGUAACAAACAUCAGUGACAUGGCCAUCCAUCUGAGCUGGAGCCGUGGCUUCGAUAACCACAGCCCUAUUGCCAAAUACACCAUCCAGGCCCGCACCCCACUCUCCAACAAAUGGAAGCAAGUGCGCACCAAUCCUGCAAACAUCGAAGGCAAUGCAGAGGCGGCCCAAGUGGUGAACCUCAUCCCCUGGAUGGACUAUGAAUUCCGGGUCCUAGCCAGCAACAUCCUUGGAGCUGGGGAUCCUAGUGGGCCCUCCAGCAAAAUCCGCACCAAAGAAGCUGCCCCUACUGUGGCACCAUCUGGGCUCAGUGGAGGAGGAGGGGCCCCCGGUGAACUCAUCAUCAAUUGGACGCCAAUGCUGCGGGAGUACCAGAACGGAGAUGGCUUUGGAUACAUCCUGUCGUUCCGCAAGCAAGGCGCCCAGGCAUGGAAGACUGCGCAGGUGCCCCACCCAGAGUCCCUGCACUAUGUUUACCGCAAUGAGAGCAUCGAGCCCUACACCCCAUUUGAAGUGAAAAUCAAAGCAUACAACAGGAAGGGGGAGGGACCAGAGAGCCUGAUUGCCAUCGUGUACUCUGCAGAGGAAGAACCAAAAGUGGCUCCCUCCAAGGUUACAGCCAAAGCUGUUUUGUCCUCGGAAAUGGACGUGUUGUGGGAGCCUGUCGAGCAGGAUGACAUGAAUGGAGUCCUUCUGGGCUACGAGAUCCGGUACUGGAAGGAUGGCGAUAAAGAGGAAGCUGCUGACAGAGUGAGGACAGCAGGUCUAGUCACCUCUGCUCACGUGACAAGCUUGAACCCCAAUACAAAGUACCAUGUGACAGUCAGAGCCUACAACCGGGCUGGAACGGGGCCAGCUAGUCCCUCUACCAACAUCACAACAACAAAGCCACCACCAAGGAGGCCACCUGGCAACAUCUCCUGGACAUUUUCCGGCUCCAGCGUCAGUGUCAAGUGGGACCCUGUGGUUGCAAAGGCGAACGAGUCUGCAGUCACUGGGUACAAGAUGCUCUACCGGCAGGACUCACACUCCACUCCCACACUGUACCUGGCCAGCAAGAACCGCAUUGAAAUCCCAAUGCCUGAAGACUCCACUCACGCCUUGGUUCAGAUUAGGGCAACAGGGCCAGGAGGAGACGGAGUCCCAGCAGAGGUUCAUAUCCUCAGAAACGGUGGUACAAGUAUGAUGGUGGAAAAUUCUGCUGCCAAUCCAGCACCGCAUACUGUCGUUAUGAUGACUAACUCCCUAGUAAUGUUGGCUCUGAUGGGCUCUCUGGAGCUCUGAUGCUAACUAAUGCAAUCACUGGACACAAUUCCUCCUAAGCCGGCGGGGAACUAGUCGACAUUUGGCCAUUUCAACUACGAGUUUGUGCCACAGCAGCGCUACAAACAAAAAGGGGAUUGUCAAAAUCAACUUAACGGGGAACAAACAAAAGAAACACCCUUUUUUAAGAAAAUAGAACAUUUCAUACAAGACAUGGGUCUUUAACCAAUCAAAGAUUUUUUUAAAUAAAAAAAAAAAGAGGAAGAAUUCUGUCUGAAUUCUGGGAGCCAGCGGUCUUAUGUACUUUAUCCAGGAGGUUUAUUGCCUUACAAAGCCAUGUACGAAAAUAAUCAGACUGCUAACCUUGACUUUUUUUGAAAUAUGUAACUUAGCUUUUGAGGGGAAGGAUUUCAAAGUUACCAGCAUGCUCCAUAUCAACCCCACAGCCACUGCUGAGUUGACAGCUCUGGUCCUUAAAGAUAAGGGAGAAUAUUAUUGGAGGGGCUUUUCUGAGCUGCGGAGCUAAAUCAGCUAUUUUGUCGCAACUGGCUCAAGGAGGAAAAGCCUCAGGAGAAAGGAAUCUCAGUGCCCUGCCCAGUGCUGAAGGAGAGGAAUGAGCUUAGUAGUUAGGUGGUGAAAAAGAAAGUGAUAACAGAUCGUAGGUGAAAUUCAAAUUGUUUUCAUCGCCUCUUACUUGCAAUGCUGAGGCUGACUUAAUGCUGCACAACAGUUCAUCCUGGCUAUUCUGCUAAGAGGUGUCACCUUCAGUAUUACCCACAUCCUGGGAUGGCUUUAUUGUUCUUCCUUUGGAUUUUUUUUUUUUACACUUUUCUCAAGUCUGAAAUUUGGGGAGAAAAAUCCAGCCUAUUAAAACCAUUUCAGAGGAAUUCAUCUUCCACAUUCAGAGAGGGCACUUAAAGGGUAAGAAUACGGACACUGCAACCAAGGAUUGGUGGCUCACGGAAACCAUUGGGGAGGCAGCAGAGUUGGUAUUGUCUCAGAGGAGACUUCUCUCUAGUGCAAACGAUUCCCACCUGGCCAAAGUAUUAGCCACGCUCCACAUUUGUCAGAUCAGUGUCUAACCAGUGGAGAAGUCUGGCUUUUCACAUGCAGCCUGCAUGCAGUCAGAUAACAGGAAGAAUGCUGAUGGGACGGGAUGCUCAGUGGCUUCAGCAACCAGCCUGGCUCAGAAAAGUUUAUUGCUUUCCAAAGUUUGUCAUGCCACAAAUUUGCUGGUGAAAAGAUUGCACAGUCAAAGUAAUCCACAACCUGAUUCACAGCACACUCUUCUCUUUCUCAGGCUGUCUUGCAGGGGGACUGGCCCGGCUCCUCUUUCUUCAUAAUUGACGGUAUUGCUUAGCUGACCAAGUUAUUCCAUAAUGCCCUAACUAAGAGGUUACAUUUGCAGGACCAGACCAUGGGCCCCGUUCCAAGCAUCCACCAUUCGCUUGGACUUUCAGGGUCAAACCACUGCUAAAGAAUGUUUCCCAGAGUGAUGAUGCCAACAUAGGGGCUGGAGGAAAGCUUUAGGACUCCAGCUUAUGAUUUUCUCCUGAAGAUUACUAGCUAGAUUUUUUUUUCCUAGCUGGUUCAUAAACUAUGCCUAUGGCAUCUGGAGACGAGUGGCUAGAUUUUGGCUAGCCUUCAUGGGAUUGUGCAGUGAGGAUGAAAGGGACUAAAUAGCCCCAGCCCUUCCUUACACGGUACAUGUAAGGUUUGGCCAGAGUUACAGCCCUUGAGGUAGAGGGAGCACAAGAGCUGCUACCACUAUCAAUCUGCCAAAGCUCAGAUUUGCUAUUCACCCAAAAGCAGGCAAGAAGGGAUGGGAAGUAGUACAGCAGACUGGCCAACAUGGGGACUGUGCUGCAGCCCUUAAAUGGCUCUACAAAGCACUAUCGGGGGGGGCCAGGAGAUAUUCUGUCUCCAGGAGGUGGAUGUGGGCUGUGGCUAAACAUCGCAGUCCUCAGUGUCAUAGAGAGGUCAGCGACAGCUUAAUCAUUUUUAAAGCUACUGUGUGUCCCAGGUCUUAUUGCACAUUUAGGAGCUUAGGGGCAUCAAUCCUUGCUCAUUGUCCAGGGGUUAUUCCCGGCAGCAUUUACUGGCAAGAGCUCAUUAUAAUUGCAUAGCAUCUGUCCUAGUAUACACCAUCGCCACACGCUUUCCGGCAAGAAAGCAAGUACACCAGUGGAAUCCCUACAUGAAAAGCCACGUACGUGGUUAGAGCUCUGGGGAUUGAGAUAAAGCAUGGUUGUUCAUGCAUUUAGAAAAUGAGAGGUUGGAAGAGAGAGAAAAAAUUCAAUGGCAUGGAAAACUGCGGAACAGAACGAGAGACCAGACAAGAGAUGGAGGGCUUCCUCUCUCUGGUUUCUCCUUCAGAUGAACCACUGAGAGAAGCCAAGUGAAGGGCAGUGAGUGACACAGGUAAGACAGGAGAAAUGACAAACACAGAGUAGAGGAAACUGAUCAUAGGCCUUGAUGUCACUAAAAAUAAAUGUGCAUUUUUUUACUUCAGGGCGACUAAUAUUCCUGAAGCUUCAGGGGGGAGCCGAGUUAGUCUGCACAAGUAAACUGGAAAAACAACAAAUAGUCUGGUAGCACUUUAUAGAACAUGU